AAUCUUGACCUCCGCUUGGGAUAUGACCUUUGCUCACAAGAGCAAGAUUUUUUACACAAAAGAAAGAGCAUUGUCAAUGGUGCCUUGAAGAAGGUUCUCAAACUAGAAAAUGACCUGCAAAACCAUGAGGUUCCAGUAGUUGCAAUCAUGACAACAGGGGGCAGUAUGCGAUCACUGACUGCAUGCUUUGGAAGUCUCCGAGGUCUUCAGAAGCUCAACCUCCUAGAUUGUGCUACAUACAUGAGUGGAUUGUCGGGCACAACGUGGACCAUGGCAAAGUUGUACAAAGAUGCGCACUGGUCAAGAAAGAAUCUAGAUGAGCAAAUCAAUGAGGCUAAAAGACAUGUAACUAAGAGCAAACUGAAUGGUUUUUCCAUGGAGCGUUUGAAAUAUUACAACAGGCAAUUGCGACAUCGGAAACAAGAAGGACAUAAAACAUCCUCCAUAGAUCUGUGGGGUCUCCUUAUUGAAUAUAUGUUGAAUGACGGGAAAGACAACCACAAACUUUCUGAUCAACAGCAAGCAGUGAAUGAGGGGCAGAAUCCUUUCCCUAUUUACACUGCCAUCAAUGUAAAGGAGAAGUACAGCACUAUGGAUUUCAAGGAAUGGAUGGAAUUCACACCUUACGAAGUGGGAAUACUAAAAUAUGGAGCUUUUGUUCGGACUGAAGAUUUUGGUAGUGAAUUCUUUAUGGGGCAUCUAAUGAAAAAGCUACCAGAGACUCGGAUCUCUUAUUUGCAAGGCAUGUGGAGCAGCAUAUUUUCCUUUAAUCUGCUGUAUAUCUGGAAUUUAAGUCACAGUUCCGAGGAUUUUUGGCACAAAUGGACUCAAGACCAAAUUGUGAAUAUUGAUGAAGAGCCUCAUUUAACUAUUGAACCACAGGAGCUGAAGACACAUCUCUACACCUCAAGUGGAUCGCUAUCCUGUGCUUUUAGAGAUGUCCUAACAGAUCGCUUAUCAGUUGCCCAAUACCACAAUUUCAUCAAAGGUCUCCAGCUUGACAAUAGUUAUCUUGAGAAUGAAAACUUCUGUAGAUGGAAAGACACUGUACUGGACUCUUCUUCACCCAAUCAGUUAACACAAACUGAAGAAUAUUUGUCUCUGGAAGAUACUGGAUUCUUCAUCAACACUAGCUCUGCUCCACUGCUGAGACCAGAAAGAAAGGUGGAUGUUAUCUUACAUUUAAAUUACAGUGCAGGAUCACAAUCACGGCCCCUAGAACAAUCAUGCAACUACUUCGCAGAUCAAGGAAUCCCAUUUCCCAAAGCUGUCCUGAAGGAUGAUGACAAGCAUCUGAAGGAAUGCUAUUUAUUUGAAGAUGCUGAGAAUCCAGCAGCACCAAUAUUAUUGUUUUUCCCGCAAGUGAAUGAUACUUUUCGCUACUAUAAAGCCCCAGGUGUCAAACGUUCUGAAUCAGAAAUGAAAUAUGGUGAGGUUGACAUCUCCAGUAACAACAAUCCAUACUCAACGUACUCAAUGACAUUCACUGAGGAAGAAUACGAUCAGCUGAUAGAACUGAGUGAAUACAAUGUUCUAAAUAACCAGCAUCUGAUCCUGCAGGCACUGAAUAGGGCAGUGGAACGGAAAAAAAAUCCUUAA